CGCUUGCAAAACAUCAACAUCUUCAUGCUCAAAGCAACUUCACGCCUAACAAACAUCAUGGCAGCGGAUCAACAAAAACGCAAUAUCGUUAUCAUUGGUGGCGGCAUAAUUGGCUCUACCACAGCAUACUUUCUUUCGCACCACCCAAACUUCAACAAAGAAAGAGACAGCAUCACACUUUUGGAAGCCACUAAGAUUGCUGGUGGUGCAUCGGGGAAAGCCGGUGGUCUUCUAGCAUUAUGGGCAUACCCGAAUUGCAUUGUUCCGCUAAGUUACAAACUGCAUCAAGAGCUAGCUGAGAAACAUGGUGGCGCGGAGCGUUGGGGCUACAGAGCAGUACACUGUGGUCAGGUUGACAUGUAUGGCGUUCUAGCCAAGAGCAAGGGUGCCAAAGAUGGGACGAACGGCAAGAGCAAAGAGGACUCAGUGAGCCUGCAAAAGCGAACACAGAAAGCGAUCGGUUUACUACGUGCUGCCGGUGUACCGAAAGAUUUGGAUUGGGUGGCCGCGGAUGGCAUGAAGGCCUACGAGGAAAUGGGUACACCACUCACGACGGCGCAAGUGCAUCCUUAUCAUUUCACAACGAGUAUGGCACAGCUUGCCGAAGAGAAGAGCGUCAAGAUUGUGUACGGCUCUGCUACCAACAUCGAGCAAGAGAACGGCGCGGUCAAGUCUGUUUCGUACAAGAGCAAAGAGUCAGGCGAAGAGCAAAAACUUGACGCCGAUACCAUUAUCCUUACGGCAGGCCCAUGGACGAGGACAGUCUGGAAGCCCUCGCCUAUCUCAGCUCUCCGUGCUCACAGUGUCACCAUCCGCCCUUCGCGACCCGUCUCUGCCUACGCACUUUUCACCUCAAUAGAUAUGCCACGCGGCAACGGCAAACGCGGCGAGACCGUCACACCAGAAAUCUAUGCUCGACCGAACCAGGAAGUCUACGCGUGCGGCGAAGGUGAUCAUCUCGUGCCCCUUCCUACAUCCACUGAUCUGGUUCAAUGUGAUGAGAGCCGAUGUCAAGAAAUCGUUGAGCAGGUCUCCGCUAUCUCAGAGGAGUUGAGAGACGGUGAGGUCACAGCAAGACAAGCGUGCUACCUGCCGAAUGUAAGUAGAGGUAGCGGUCCGCUUAUCGGAAAGACCAGUGUGAAGGGUCUGCUGAUGGGUGCUGGACACACGUGUUGGGGUAUUCAGAACGGGCCUGCCACAGGAAAGCUGUUGAGUGAGUUUGUGUGGGAUGGCGAUGUGAAGAGUGCGCAAAUUGGUAGCUUGGACCCCAGAAAGUUCGGUGUUUAGAUGCAGUGACAACUUUUGGCUACUAUUGGUAGCUCGUUAUACAAUAGACACCUCAAGUUCCUGGCUCAAGUAUUCAGCUUCUGAUUUGAGACGAAGUCGUCCCAGCCUCUAGGAGUCUAUCAAUAACCCACAAACCCAACCUCAUCAAUGGCAUGCAAUUCUUUUCACUUAUCCUACCUUGAACGGCGUCUACCCAAAAGACCACUGCAAAGCACCCACUCAAAUGUCAUCCAAAUCCUCCUC